AACCAGACGAUGGACAACUCAUUAAAAUUUUCAGGCGAGCUAAACUGACCGCUAUGCACUUUUCGGUCGGGCUCGGAAACCACAUCGAGCAACAAUCAUUCGUGAAACAGCGUUUGUGAUUAGUCAAUCGACGUCUCUGCAACUAAUCAAAAUACGUGUUAAGUCUUUUGAUGGCAUCUGCAGUACACAUGUGGAAGAAGAAAAAUGACAGAUUUUAAAGAAGAGCAAAACAACGAAAUAGAAGCUUUAGAAUCUAUCUACCCAGAAGAAAUAGAGGUGCUGAAGACGGAACCGUAUCAUGUGUUUACCAUAACAAUUCAUUCUCAAGAGUCUGAUCAAUCAGUGGAAGAAGCAGAUGAAGCGACCUGUGUGGUUCAGUUCACAUAUGUAGAGAAGUACCCAGAGGAACCCCUAGUGUUUGAAGUCAUUGAAAGUGAGAAUCUGGAAGAUGAUCAGCUGGAGGAAAUCACCAGUCUCAUCAACGAACAGAUAGAGGAGAACCUGGGAAUGGUAGUGGUGUUCACAGUUGUGUCAGUCUUACAAGAAAAACUGACCGUAAUGGUGGAAGACACGAAGAAGAGGAGACAGGAAGAGGCAGAUAGAAAACAACGGGCGCUGGAGGAAGCAGAACAGAAACGUUUUGAAGGCACAAAAGUCACAGUGGAGACAUUUUUAGCAUGGAAGGCAAAAUUUGAUGCCGAAAUGGCAGAACUGAAGAAGGAAAAAAUUCAGAAAGAAAAAACAAAGGGUUUAACAGGAAAAGAAAUGUUCUUGAAAGACUCUUCCAUGAUAGAUUCAGAUUUAAAGCUUUUAGAAUCAGAGGAGGAUAGUGUACAGGUAGACGAAUCCCUAUUCCAGGACAUGGAUGACCUCGACCUUGAGGAAGACCUUGAAGAAGCAGGAGAUUGAUGAUAAUUUAUAACUUAGCCUAUUAAAUUUGUAAAUAUU